CGCCAACUCCACUCCGUCCCACAAGCAUCAGCUCCCACACUCCCGUGCCUGGAGCCGGCGGGGAGAGCUGUGGGGCCGGCGCCCUGAUAGGGACGGGCUGACACAGAAACGCCUUUUCUAAGGCGCAGUUCUGAACGCGAGGGAAAGAAACUCUCGGCAAGCUUGGAAAAGCUGCUUUAAAAAAGAAAAAAAGCAACACCCUUCUCGUGAAAAAGCAGUGCCAAGACCGCCGAGGGACGCUGUCCCGACGCCGGGGCUGGGCAGCGUACUGCGGGGCGGCACCGCCCGCCGCUCUGCCGGCCCGGGGCCGGGGCCGGGGCCGGGGCCGCCCCCGCCCGCCCGGCCACCCGCCUGGCCCGCCCCUCCUUUGCGGCGCUCGCUGCCGCGCACGGGGCUCGGAAGAUGGAGGACUACGGGCGAUUCUUGGCGCUGCUGGUCUCGGCGCUGCUGGUCGGCUUCGUGUCGGUCAUCUUCUCCCUCGUCUGGGUCUUCCACUACCGCGAAGGACUGAGCUGGGACGGCAGCCCGCGGGAGUUCAACUGGCACCCCGUCCUCAUGAUCACGGGCUUCGUCUUCAUCCAGGGCAUCGCUAUUAUUGUGUACAGGUUGCCCUGGACCUGGAAGUGCAGCAAACUCCUAAUGAAGUUCAUACAUGCUGGAUUAAAUACCAUAGCUAUGAUUCUUGCAAUUGUUUCCAUGGUAGCCGUGUUUGAAUACCACAACGCCAGGAACAUUCCUAACAUGUACAGCCUGCACAGCUGGAUUGGGCUGACUGCUGUUAUAUUUUAUUCGCUCCAGCUUUUCUUGGGUUUCGCUGUCUUUCUGCUCCCGUUUGCUCCAGUUACCCUCCGAGCAGCUCUCAUGCCAAUACAUGUUUACUCGGGUCUUACCAUCUUUGCAACAGUGAUUGCAACUGCUCUCAUGGGAAUCACAGAAAAGCUUAUCUUUUCAUUGAAGAAUCCUGCAUAUAGUGCAUCCCCACCAGAGGCAACUUUUGUCAACUGUCUUGGUCUUUUGCUUGUCAUAUAUGGUGCACUUAUUUUGUGGAUGGCAAGUAGGCCCCAUUGGAAGCGCCCCCCAGAAGAGAAUGUUAAAGUUCUGCGGCCCAUUGGAGGGACUCCUGAAGGCACAGAAGUGGAAUCCACAAUGACAGAUGGUAGUAAUGCAGAUAAAUCUGAUCUGAGGGUCACUAGUGAAGCAGCAAGAAAACAAAACCUCAAAUUUGAUGAAGCAGGCCAACGAUCAACUAUGUAAACAAAAUACACAGAAUAACAGUACUAUUAUAGUGCCAACUCCUCUUUUCCUUCCAAUUUAGUUAUACCGAUAUACAUGUAGGUUGGGGGUUUAUUUUCAGUAUGGCUUGCUUAAAGAUACUCAAGUUUUCUGCAUAUGAAUUUAAAUUUCAUUAAGUCCCAAACAUAUUGGUUCAGGCUCAGUCCUCACUUAAAAAAUGAGAGUGUGAAUGACAUCACAUAAUGGGAAAAUCACAUAACUGGAAAAUGUUUUCCAUAUCACUUCUUAAUUUAAUGCUUCAAUCUCUUAUAGUCAUGAAAAGUUAACAAAAUUGAGACUAAAUUUUGCUCUGACUGAUUUUGCACGUUAUGAAUCAGAGUCAUGAAGUAUACCAGACAGCAGAAUUUAGUUGGUCACACAGUUUUUCUGGUAAUGUUCACUUUGUUAAAGCCCUGAUUUCUCAAGCUAAUUAACCCACUCACCAGCUGCUAAGAUCUAUGGGAUUUGAGGUAAUUCAGCGCUUCGCUGAGUUGCACCAUAAAAACAUUUAGUCUAAAAUUUUGAAUCCAAAAACAGAAAUUAAAGUUUGCCUGAAAUCUUCAUUAAAUGUUAUCUUUCCUUUAAAAACUUCUAGGUUUUGGGUUUUUUAAUCAGACUUGACUUUUUAAUCAACUCUACCAAAUAUAUUGUAUACAGAUAACAUUUGGCUUUGGCUUAUGUGCAAUCAUUACUGAAAUCUAAGGAAAUUCUAAGACAUCCAAAUGCAGAAUUUAUCUUAUUUGGAAAGCUAUGGAUACACUCUUAGAAAAAUAUGUAUCACUUAAACCAAGUCUUCCUUUUAUCCCAGAAGGCAGCAUUUUACUAUCUUUAUUUGAUUGCACAGUUCUAUUGAUUUAUGGCACUAUACUAGAAAUUAGCAGGUUAGAAACCAGAGAAUACUGCUAGCAGUCUUACAGAAGAAAGGAGCUCAAAGUGAGAAAUGCUUCCUCCAAGAAACAGCUGAACUUUGCUGAUUUGAUUAAAAUGCUACCCAUUAACUGAAAGCCAAUUUUGGUAUCUCCACACUGGUGUCAAAAUCAUUAUCGUCAUGGGCAUGAAGACAUACUUUAGUGUAUAAGAAAACUAUAGAAAUUCUAUGACUUUUAAAUUUGAAAUUAAAGUGUUAAAUAAUGCAGUUUGAACCUCUACUGGCACUUUACUUUUAUAGCUCUCUCUCGUAAUCAGACUACUAAUGUAUUAUGCUCAUUCAUUAUUUUCACAGAUAUAAACAAUACUUAUUUUUUACUACUAUAGAAUAAUAAUUAUAGUAGAUUAUUUUGAUUGCAUAUGUCCAAAAUGAUGAGCCUUUCUAUUAUAAACUCUUGUAAAACCUGCAGAGCCCACUGCAGGUCCAUGAACACUGUUCAUGUUGCAAUAUAGACAGUGUCAGACAGCAUGUAAUUUCCUAUUUUUUAAAAGGCUACAUAAAUUUUUAUCUACUUCAGCUUUUCAAAAUGUUUAAACACAUUAAAGUUUAGCAAAUAUGCAAUUUUUGCAGUUCAGUGUUAAGUUAGUACAAACAGUUUUGGUCAUGAGUUAUUUUUGAUCUGCUCUGACAAGAAGCACCUCAGUUCAUGUUAUUUGAUUUGUAAUAACAUUUAAUUAUUUAGUGAAUGCAGUAUAGAGCGCUAGCAUACUGAAUUAUAUGAAAAACUUUUCUGCUGUACCAUUUGGUACUCAAGGACUACAUCCCAGAGUUCUAUGUUUUCACUUACAUAUGUUUGUGGAUGACUGGGACCCACCUUGCAUUUGUGCAUUGUUUCAUUUGAGAAAAUACAUGCUUUUGAAUGCCUUAGUGUAGAAUUCUGGUAUGACAGAAGGAAUACUAUCCUAUUGUGUGAGCACUCCUCCAGUCCCACUGUGUGCAAUGGAUCGGAGAGCUUUUGCCCUGUUUUUCAAGUUCCACACAAUUAUCUGUAUACCCUAAAAUUGUUCUGCACAGCUUCAGCAUAAAAUCCAAACAGUACUGAUAGCAGCUUUCUGAGAGAAGAACGAGCACUUGUUUUACAUGACAUUAGUGCUCAACUGACACGACACGAUUAUGCAUCUAUUACAAAUUUAUAUAUUGAACAUUAAAUAGGAAGAGGGAUUCACAGUAGCUUCUGGUGAAUGGUAACUGUACUGUCUUUUUUUCUUCUGAUCUUGUUAGGUUCUGCUCAACAAGUCUGCUUUUUUUUUGGUGAAAUCAGUAAGCAUCUGACAGCUGGUGGAUGCAUAUUUAGGUUUUGGGAGAGAUUCUCUAUUAACACUUUCGAAGUGUAACAGGUGAAGUGAAUAAAUGAACUCAACUGUUCUAGUAAUUUACUAUGCUAGCUUUCUAUACUGCACUCACACAGGCAGCAGCAUUUUGAGUUGGUAUGUAUUGGCCUGUUACUGUGUCUCAUUCACCUGUGAAAAUGAGCUCAUUCAAUCCUUGCAUAGCACUAAGUCAUCAAAUAAAAGCGUGUGUUCAUGUGGAAGGUAGUCACUUGUCUAAGGAUUGUUCUGGAAAAAACUCUAACCGUACAGAAUAUUGGGAAAAAACCCACAAAACCUGUGUUUUGUUACAAUACUGACUUGGAUGUAUUGAAAUCAACAGCUUUUAGGUAAAUGGUUCUAUAUGCUGUUAAAGUUAAGCUAUAGCAACCAUAUAGUAACUUCUGUUUUCCAUUUUAUUCCAUGUACUGUUCAAGAGUAAUGAUACUUGAAAAAGAACAGUGGCAUUUCUUUUCUAUUCUGAUAAUAGAAAACUAAUUGAAAAUCGAGGAUUAGCAAUCUUUUGAGGGUAGUCUGCCAGACUGUAUUUUUGUUUUUCAACUUUGAGGUUAAACGUGAUAGUAGAAACUCAGCAGGAGCUGGAAGAUUCCAUUCUGGGAAAUUACCAUAAUCAGCAAUAUCUCAUGUGUAUGAACUGUGGGCUUCUGGCUGCUUUGGUCUUUGGAAGGUUCCCAUGAGAUGCGGUAGUUGUGAGCUCCUCAACCUCUGUGUGUACAAUUUAAAACAGACUGAACAUGCUAUAGACUUUUGGCUUCUAUUCUAAACUGGUUUAAAAGGGUUUUAAGUGUCCUUGCAACAUAUGAGUUUAGUCCAAGUGCUAAAUAAAAACACAUAGGACUUUGAAGAGUAAUUUUCUCUAGGAAAAAACAUAUUCCUAAAGCUGCUUCUCAAAGUGGCCUUCCAUUAACAUUCCUUUCAUGCAAUUUUUCUUACCUGUAUUUAUGUGUAAUAGUAGCAACACAGGAAAUAAAAAGGUAUCUUUUCAAAGAUAUAAAUGGAAGGUAGAACUUUAGCUUUUUAUCAGGAUUUUUCUGCAUGUUUGGAAAUGUUCUACAUUGUUGUUUUUACAGGGACAUGAUUGUAGAGCUUACAUUCCAAGUUUGGAUUCCUAUAAAAAUAUAGGAAGUUACAAAACCUAACAUGAAAAGUGCUAUUUUUUUAAGAUGCCUGAAAAAAAAUAUUUUUUCAUGUAUUUACGUGCUGUCAUGCAGUACUGCACACAGAAGCAGAACAGUGCUUUUUCCAACAUUAAUGAAACUGAGAAGUGAUGGUACAAAUUAGAUUUUAAAAUUGAAUGUACAGUAAUUACAUGUACACUUUUUACUAGAUGUAACCAAGAUUGCAUAUGAUAUUGUAAAUAUGGAUUACUUGUUUACAUGGAUAUUUUAUUGAGAGACUAAAAGAUAUUGCCAAAUAUUUUCUAUUUCAAAAGACUCUUUCUUUUGCUUCUGUUUCAGAAAAUUCCUUCCUCUGUUUCUAACUGUUCAGAACUUAAAGGAUUGUUUUAUUGUUUUGUUGCUCGCAGUACUUAUUUGUAGAUGAAAGCAAAUGUUUAAUUACAAUGUCUAUUUUUCUUAUUCUUUUCUGUAUGUUAACAAAAUUAUUUUUCAAGGUUAUGAUACCACUGACAACAGAUUUAUAUUACGGUACUAAAAAUAUAACUUUCUAAAUUUGGCAAAAGAUCAAAUUAUUCCUACGAUUAUUUCUUUGAAAACAGGAGGAUAGUUGUACAAAAUUCCUUAAAUAGUUCUUAAUUCCAAGUAUUCCCGAUGAUCUUCCUGAUGAAAUUUAUAUACUCUGUAGUGUUAGAAGGAUAAUCAGUAUAUAACAGAAAUUGAAGGAAUUCACCGUAUAAAGAAACUGUCUUUCACCUUCUGAUCAUAAUAGAAAUUCCCCAUAGCAGUUAUUAGAGGGGAAAAAACCCCAAAACUAUCCUCAGUCAUGAGACUGCCAUAGCAAAUAAGGGAAGAUCAUAAAUUCUGAUGUAUGGUGGUCACAUAAUGCACUGUAAGAUCCAAAUACUCUCAGAUAAAUAACAGCCAAACCGAAUGCAGAGCAAAAAUUUUGACCCCAUGGAAUCUUCUGACCCAGAUUUAACAUCAAGUUACUCAUCAAUAGCUUAUUGAUCAUAAAAUGCUAUAAAUGGCAAAAACAUCUAUAUGAACAUAUCUGUAAUAAGUAGGAAUUAAGGUGAAUACGUUCUUGAGCUUAGUAAGAUUAAUUGGAAACUCUUUUAAAAGUGUAAAGCAUAAACUGAUUAUUCCUGAGUAUCAUAGAGCUGUUGGCUAAAACCUUCCAACAUCCUCAUCAUCCUGGAAGAUUAAAAAAUACUGUUACAAUCAUCAGUAUAGCAGAAAACUUGCUGUAUUCAAACCUGACAAUUCCCUGUUGCUUAUAACUUCUCUUAACUGUCUCCUGUAGGCUGGAUUUUUUGGAGAAAGUUCUGGUAAAAUAGUCCAUAUUUUUUCAAUAUGUUGAUUAUUACAAAAUUCAAUAAAAGCUCAACUGUGUUCACACUUGAAAGAGGAGGCUCAGAAA